AUGAACCUCGCACAGACGGAUGUGAUUCAGCGAGAGAUUUUGCAACUUGACACGAGGAUCAAGGCCCGAAUAGCCGAAAUUCCCAACAAGGCCCACUCCGAUCAAGAUCUACAGGUUGAAAUUCGUGCCGUCAAGGAGUCGAACAAGGAGUUGAACGCGAAAAUCGAACGGCUCUCUCAAUUGAAGAUCUCGAAAGCGAGGAUUGUCGGAGAGAAGCAAGAUAUCGAGAAAGAGAUCACCGGACACCGAUCUGAGGCCGAGUUUAACGCAAAUGAGCUAAAUCGAGUCGCCCGAGCGACAAAGCAACGAAUUGCUGAAAAGGGCAAGGAAUAUUUGUUGGCGAGUUUUGAAUUGGAGACCGAGAUGAGACAUCGACGACACGAGCAAGAAAAUUUACAAGACAGUGCGGCUAGAGCCACGGAGAGACUCUCGAAUUUGGUGUCAAAGAUGGGUGAACGAGUGCAAUUGGCUGAGAAUCAUCUGGUCGGUUUGGUCGAUUCGAGUUCGUUGAUUUCGAAGACGGGAGAUGAAUUCACCGCUCAAGCUAGCCAUAUCAAGACCGGGAACAAAUUAUUGUCGAAAUUCGAGCGUCGCGAGCUGACCGAUAAAAUUCUCAUCUUUAUAGCCGUUUGUUUCUAUUUAGCCACUCUUUAUUACAUUUUGCACAAACGAUUCUUGUCUAGGUUUGCGCUUUGG